AUGGCACCGUAUCCCGCAUCAGAUGCAGAUUUUCUCCGGGAACAGACGCGUAGGAACCUGUUGACUCUCCUGGAAGGCGUGCGUGGGAAGAAGAACCUCGUCAUCAGCCAGGAUCUGACUGGUCCGGUUGGGCUGUUUGUCAAGUUCUCGCUGCUGCAGGAGUACGGCGUGGACCGUGUAUUUCUCCUGGAGAAUGCCAAUGUCGAUUCCUCGCAACGCAAUGUCAUCUUCUUAGUCCAUGCUGAAAAGACGCCCCAGGUGCGGGCUGUGGCCGAACAGAUCCAGCGUCUGCAGCGGAAUGGCCGUGUUGAAUAUGAGUUCUCCAUCUUCUGGGUGCCCCGGCGCACCCUCGUAAGCACUGCCAUCUUGGAAGAGGCUGGCAUUAUCGGUGACGUGAACAUCAGUUCAUUUCCCCUGUACUUUGUGCCCCUGGAGCAGGAUGUCCUUUCCUUGGAGCUGCAAGACUCCUUUCAUGAUCUGUACCUGCACAAGGAUCCAGGUUGUAUAUUCAUCGCCGCAAAGGCUCUCAUGGAGAUUCAGCAGAGGCAUGGAUACUUCCCGCGUAUCAUCGGCAAGGGUGACAACGCCCGUCGCUUGGCCGACCUACUUCUGCGCAUGAGAAAGGAAUUGGAUGCCGAAGAAAGCUCCGGCUUGGCCGAUCUAGCCACGCGAGGCCUGCUUCCAAGUGCAGACACAGAGAGUUUGGUCAUCAUUGACCGCGACGUCGACUUCAGCACGCCUCUUCUCACCCAGCUCACUUACGAAGGCUUAAUCGACGAGACAGUGGGCAUCAAACAGAACCAAGCCGACGUGGAUACUGCCAUCGUCGGUAUGACCUCCGCACCCCAGGCGCAGGAGUCCUCGAAAGCACCACAGCAGACGUCCAAGUUAGGUCAGAAGCGGAAGAUUCAGCUCGACGCCACGGACCAACUCUUCAGCCAACUGCGCGACACCAACUUUGCCAUCGUUGGCGACAUCCUAAACAAAGUAGCUCGGCGUCUUGAGAACGAGUACGAAAGUCGACAUAGCGCCAAGUCGACAUCAGAGCUGCGCGAAUUCGUCAACAAGCUCCCCACAUACCAACUCGAGCACCAAAGCCUCCGUGUGCAUACAAACCUCGCUGAAGAAAUCAUGCGCAACACCCGCUCCGACACCUUCCGCAAAAUCCUCGAAGUACAGCAAAACCACGCCGCCGGCGCCGACCCCACUUACCAGCACGACUCCAUCGAGGAGCUGAUCGCUCGCGACGUACCGCUUAAAACUAUCCUCCGCCUUCUCUGUCUAGAGUCCUGCAUGUCGGGUGGCCUGCGGCCCCGCGACCUCGAAGCCUUCAAACGUCAUAUCGUCCAUGCCUAUGGCUACCAGCAUAUCCUAACAUUCUCAGCCCUGGAGAGGAUGGACCUCCUACAGCCGCGCUCCUCCGCCACCGCCAUGCUCCUGCCAACGACGAGCGCCCAGUCCGGCUCUAAGACGAACUACACCUACCUGCGCAAGCACCUGCGUCUGGUCGUCGAGGAAGUCAGCGAGAAAGACCCCACCGACAUCUCCUACGUCUACAGCGGCUUCGCCCCGCUGAGCAUCCGUCUUGUCCAAUGCGUCCUGCAGAAACCGUACAUUCUCUCUCUUAUCCGCGGCGGUUCGGGUGCCUCUGCGCCCAGUCCUGCUAGCAUGGCUUCGCCCGGCUGGCUUGGGUUUGAGGACGUUGUGAAGAGUGCGCGCGGCGCCACGUUCAGUAUCGUGCAGAAAGGCGACGAUAAAGCUGUCCGUGCACGCCAGACCAUCAGCGGCAAUAACGCCACCAAGACUAUCUACGUCUUUUUCCUGGGUGGCAUCACGUUCACGGAGAUUGCGGCGCUGAGGUUCAUCGCGGCGCAGGAAGCGCCCCGUCGUAGGAUCGUCAUCUGUACAACGAGUAUUAUAAAUGGGGAUCGUAUGAUGGAUGCGGCUACGGAGAGUGGUGGUUUUGCCACGACGGAGUGA